AUGAAUGUGAUGUCAUUGAACAUCCGCGGGUUAGGGUGUUCAGGUAAGACGGAAUGGGUACGUGGUCUUCGGGUUCAUCAUGAGGUUCACUUCAUUUUGAUACAGGAAACACAGUUCUCUUCGUUGGAUACAGUGGAUAUAGGGAGAUUUUGGGGGAGAGGGGACUUCAGUUUCGAGUGGGUUCCUUCUGCAGGGAGAUCCGGAGGUUUAUUAUCAAUAUGGGACUCGAAGGUUUUUGCUGUCGAGGAUGUACAAAAGUACUCGAAUUGUUUGCUUGUGACAGGAAAGGUGAAAGGAAGUGGCGUGUCAAAUCACUUGCUUAAUGUGUUUGUCCGCAUUCCGUGGUGGCGAAAAGGGUUCUUUGGUCAGAAAUUAAUGGGCUUAUUGGUGAUGGGGAUGGGUUAUGGACGGUGGCAGGAAUUUAAUUGUUUUAUUGAAAAAGCAAACUUGCACGAAUACUCGUUGAAAGGAAGACGGUAUACCUUUAUUACUGGUGAUAAACUGAGUCGUAUUGAUAGAAUUCUAGUGAAUUGGAACUUCUUUUCAGAGUGGCCGGCGGCCGAGUAUCUAGCGUUGGAUAGGAACAGGUCCGACCAUAGUCCUUUGGUUUUAAAGACGGUUUCCAGGACCUUCGGUCUGAAGCCUUUUCGGUUUUUUAAUUCUUGGCUUGGUCGUGAAGAUUUCAGCGUAUUAGUUAAGGAAGCUAUGGUGAAUGGUGUUUUUGAAGGGGCCCCGGAUACGCUUAUUAUGUUGAAAUUUAAAAGACUUAGAAGUUUGAUCUCGGUUUGGGCGAUUUAUUGUAUGGAAAAGGAAUGUGGGGAGAGACGAAUUCUGGAAGAGGAACUUGGUCAGUUGGAUGUGAUCUUAGAAGAGCGUCAACUCACGGAGGAGGAGGUUUGGAGUUUAGAGGAGAUUAAAAGGAGGCUACGUGAACUUGAUGUGAAGGCUGCCAAUUAUUUCCCGGGAUUGUUGGUCAGAGGGGUGUGGGUGUCUAAACCAGAAAUUGUGAAAACGGUGGUGCUUCGUUUUUUCCGGUCGAAGUUUUCCGAAAAUGUGGUUGUUAGGCCGAAGUUUAUAUGUGAUGGAUUGAAAAAGAUUGAUAAUCUGGAAGCCGAGAGAUUGAUUCAACAAUUUACAGUCCCGGAAAUAAAAGAUGCGAUGUUCGGUUGUGGGGCAGAUAAAGCUCCCGGUCCGGAUGGUUUUAAUUUCCGUUUUAUUAGGUCGUUUUGGGAGUUGUUUCAAAACGAUUUUAAUGAGUUAAUGAGUCAUUUCCACGAUGUUGGAAGGUUUAGUGCGGGGGUUGGAUCUUCGUUUAUUACGAUGAUUCCGAAGGUUGGUGACCCGGUCGAAUUAUCUGAUUUUAGGCCAAUAAACUUGAUCGGGAUCAUAAGUAAGGUGGUGUCUAAAGUUUUGGCGAAUAGAUUGAAGACGGUAAUGGGUAAAGUUGUUUCGGAAACACAAUCGGCUUUCUUGACCGGGAGAAACAUUUUGGAUGGUCCUUUAAUGGUUAACGAGGUAAUUGCGUGGGCAAAGAAGCGUGGAAAAAAUGUUUUUAUUCAAAGUUGA